GGCAAUUAAAAUUUAUUGAAGAUAAUUUGGGAAAACACCUUAUUAUAAAAGACUAUUUUGGAAAUUUACUCAUAUACUAGUUACAAACCAACCCAAAAAAAUGAGAUUUUACUCGGUAUAUUUUUUUUUGCGGCCAAUUACAAUUUACAAAUAACAAAACAACCUCCCGCUCUUUUCAGUCUUGUAAAACCGUGGCCCUCCCCCUCAGCGCAGAACCCUUAUCACAGUACUUCCCGGCGAACUGCGGCGAGUAGAUAUAUUGAGCUGUAAGAGUUAAGAAAAUGAGGGAUGAAGAAAUCGACAGGCUAAGAGGAGUGGUGAGGGACUGCGUCAGCAAGCACUUGUACUCGUCGGCGGUCUUCUUCGCCGAUAAAGUGGCUGCGAUGACUUCGGACCCCACCGACAUCUAUAUGCAGGCGCAAGCUCUCUACAUUGGCGGCCAUUACCGCCGUUCUUUCCACCUCCUCAAUUCUUCCCAAAUGCUUAACCGCGACCUGCGAUUCCGGUAUCUUGCUGCCAAGUGCCUGGGGCAACUGAAAGAGUGGGAACAGUGUCUACAUAUUCUUGGUAAUGUCAAGGUGGAUGAACAUGGAAAUGUUACUGCACUUAGUGAUUGUAGUAGCAUGAACCUUGACAAGGAUGGUGAAGAUCGUGAAAUCAAUAUUUUGUCUGCAAUAUGCUUCUUGAGGGGCAAGGCAUCUGAAGCAUUGGAGAAUCGUGCACAAGCUACACUAUGGUACAAAGCUGCCAUCAAAGCUGAUCCUCUGUGUUAUGAAGCUCUGGCAUGCCUUGUAGAGAAUCAUAUGCUCACUUGUGAUGAAGAGGCUAGCCUACUCUUGUCAUUGCAGUUUAGUUCUGAAGAUGGGUGGCUCUCUUCUUUUUAUUCUUGCAUGAUAAAGAAGUAUGAUAAUGAGAAUAUAGUGGAAGGCAAAUUUAGGGAACUAGAACGUGAUGGACCUGGUAUAAAAACUUUGGACAAAUCUGUAAUGUGUACACUCAAGACAAAUACUGAUCUUUUGGCAUGCAAAGCUGAGUAUUAUCAUCAGUGCGGCGAAUAUCAAAAAUGUUUUGAACUAACAUCCACAUUACUCGAGAAGGAUCCUUUCCAUUAUAAGUCUAUGCUAGUGCAUUUGGCUGCAGUAAUGGAACUGGGGAACUCAAAUGAGCUGUAUCUCAUGGCAUCCAACUUAGUCAAGGACUACCCUCAGCACAAGGCCACCAGUCUGGAUGCAGCAUUUGCUCCAGCAUGGAUAGGAUGUGGGAAUGCUCAUGCAGCUCGAGAAGAGGGAGAUCAAGCAAUGUCAGCCUACCGUACUGCUGCUCGCUUAUUUCCCGGUUGUCAUUUGCCAUCUUUAUACAUUGGAAUGGAGUAUAUGAGAACCCACAGCUUCAAACUUGCUGAGCAGGCAAAGGAAAAAUGCCCCUUUGAUCCACUUGUAUACAAUGAACUUGGAGUAGUUGCUUAUCAUAUGAAUGAGUAUACUAAGGCUGUCGAUUGGUUCAAAAAGACGUUGGCUCAGAUCUCAUCUAGCUCGAGUGAGGUGUGGGAACCAACUGUAGUCAAUCUUGCUCAUGCAUUGAGAAAAUUGCAGUUGUACGAUGAGGCAAUUACAUACUAUAAAAAAGCUCUUGCAAUGUCAACAACAAGUUUAAGUACUUACGCAGGACUAGCCUAUACUUAUCACCUGAAGGGAAAGUUUACUAAAGCAAUCACUUACUACCACAAGGCUUUAUCGCUCAAUCCAACUCAUAAAUUCUGCACUGAAAUGUUGACACUGGCUCUAGCUGAUGAAUGCCAUUACGACGCUGAUCCAAGACUGGAAUUCCACCAUGAAUUAUAAUGACCUGUAUAUUUAGAUUAGAAGCCAAAUCUCUGUGUCGUAGUUUAUUUGUAGCUGUUGAGAUUUAUGAUUGUGAUAGGCGUAUAUGGUGCUCCUCAAUUAUAUCAAAGUAAAACUCACGAGUUUUU